UGAUGAUGGGAGUGGAACCUCAACCCAGCAAGUUAUUGUGAUAGAGUCUGCAGUUGCAGAGGCUGCAGGUCCUGGGGUCAAGCGGGAGAGCUCUGAAGGAGAGGAGGACCCAUGGCACAGUAAAGACAUCCAGACUAGAGUAGCUGGAGCGCCCCCUGUAGCCACAGAUGACCCCACCACUGCCCCAGCACAGCCCAGGACCCGAUGCAGCAUCACGGAGGUCAGUGGAAUGCCGAACGCUGUCCUCAAGUCAGAGACCAAGACUUUAACUGUACACACAGGAUCUGACCACAGGUCAGACCCAGAGACACUGGGGCUGAGGAGACUGGGCUGUCCUCCUGUUCCCGGCUCAGAGUAUUUACCGGUAUUUCACCAAAUCCAGAAGAUGGUUAAUUCCCGUGGAGAUGGUGACACAUUAGACACUGAAGUUGAUGAUCCGUCUUGUUCUUACGCUACAGAGAUGGACCCUGGCAACAUACCCUUGGGUUUAAAGAGACCGACUGAUCAGUCGAAAUGGGACUGGAACCAGUACAGUAGUAGUGCAUGCUCUGAAGGGUGCCUAGAUAAGAAAGGGGAGGUUAUAGUGGUAGAUGAAGUGACUGUGAAAGUCGAGGGGGAUGUUCCACCCACAUGGAAUGCAGUUAGUCACCAAGGAGACGGACACUCACAGGGCAGAGAUUUCUUAGAUUACAGGGAAAGCUUAGAGACUAAUCCAAAUGUCACGACCCACUCCCCUUUACACGCACUCAUGGAUUGUGACCUGGUGUCCACGUCGAUGGGACCUUCCGAUUCACACGGCCACAUCCUUUUCGAUCAGGUAUUGAACUCAAACAACAGGGCUGGAGCACAGGCUCAGGGAGGGGGAGCCACAUCAGGCAAUAUUAAAGAGAAACGGUUCCUCUGCAUGUUCUGUCACAAAGGAUUCAGCUGCCUCCAAAAGGUGGAGAUCCACCAGAGGGUCCACACAGGGGAGAAACCCUUCAGCUGUACCCAGUGUGAGAAGAGGUUCUCCCGCCAGGACCACCUGAAAAGGCACCAGAGGGUCCACACAGGGGAGAAACCCUUCAGCUGUACCCAGUGUCACAUGCGCUUUGCCCAGGCUGGUCACCUGAAGAUGCACCUGAAGGUCCACACGGGAGAAAGGCAGUUUGCCUGUACGCACUGCGGGAAGAGGUUCACAGAGAGGAGCUACCUCAGGAUACACCAGCAGAAAAAACAUUCCACUCUAUAAAUAGAAAGUUACCCUGUAUUAAAGACAAAGAUUCAUUUUCAUUGUUGUCAGCAGAAAUUUAAGAGUAAGAGUAACACAUUUCAGUGUUGAAUAUUCCUGGGUAGAAUAUUGCAUCCAGACGUGUUAUUUAUUUAUAUACAGUGCCUUGCGAAAGUAUUUGGCCCCCUUGAACUU